AUUUCACUGUGGGAAAAGAGAGAAAGAGUAGGAGGUGGCAGGGAGAGAGAGAGAAGGGAGACAGUUCUCCCAGAGGAGUUUAGACUCGCAGAGGGAGCAGAGGCAGAGAGACAGCAAGAGAAAAAGAGGGAAAAACAGUGUGAACCGACUUUACACUCUGUGAACAGUCACUGCUUUCUGCACUGAUCACACAGGCACAGUCCUGGGGUACACAGAUACCAAGGGAUGAAGGAGAAGGAUACAACAAAACAGAAAGAGUGAUACAAAACUGAAAAACGGUAGUGUGCACUGAGACAGAAAUCCCAGGAGAUGAAGAGGGUGACGCAAAGCUGAAAAGACAGCCUGACAAAAGUAAGACAUCUUCAGCACUUCAGAAGAGCAUCCAGACACAGAGAGGAAGGAGACAGAAGAAGAGGAAGACAUCUGGAAGGACAAAAACUCUUAAUGUUACAAAUAACAAGAUCAAGACUUUUAGAAGACAAAACAUGACACAAACAAAAUAAUUCCAUCUUCAGCUCUCCUCUGUAGAGGAAGAAAUUCGACACAGAGGAGAGGCAGCCAGGAAACAAGAGACAGAAGAAGAUCAAGCAGAAAUAAGAAAGUUGGGCAGAAAAAAACAGGCUCUAGUGAAGGAAGCUAACCCUGGAAUAUCUAACCAGCGCUCUGCUCACCCCAGCAGGGAAGAUGUCCAAGUCCUCCUCCCAUAUGGGUCGACCUGGAUCAGCAGGGUCUCAAAGCCCCAACUUAAAAAAGGAGCUACAAGGUAAUCGCUCAUGUAUGCUGCGGAUUGGAGAGAGACUGAUGAGGGCAGGCAGUGAGGGGAACCUGGUCCAGAGACCCAUUCCCACCCAAAGCCAGACCCAAACUUCCUCAGCUCGAUUAGGACAACGAUUAAAUGGAAAGACACCACGUCCUGCUGUGGAGGACAAGCCCAGCAAGUGUACAAGAAAUAGCUCCAACAAAGCUCCAUGCUCUCCCAGCACCUUACCUCGAAGCUAUGCCCCCACUGCUGGUGCCAGUGGCAGAGACAGCCAGCUGGACAGCCUGAUGAUGCAGCAGUCUGAUGUGGAACGGAAGAAGGAGGUGUUCCUGGACCACCUGAGGCAUAAAUAUCCUCACCAUGCUGCCAUUAUCAUGGGACACCAGGACUGCAUGAGGGACCAGGUGAGGAGUCCCCGACCUUCUGAAAGUCCUCCUUGCACAGGUGUGUCAGACUUGGUGGAAGAGCAGGACCCUCUAGCUCCAGAGACCAUGUCUGAUGGGGAUAUGCUGCCCCCAUCGGCCCCCUUUACAAGGGGCUGUAAAACCAGAGCAAGUUUACCCGUUAGUCGCUCGAACAGUGAAACAAGAGAGAGAUCGCCUGGUGUGUUGUACCUGCAGUAUGGAGAGGAGACGAAGCAGGUUAGGAUGCCUGCUGAAAUCAGCACUCUGGACACUCUGCAGGCUCUGUUUGUCACUGCCUUCCCCCAUCAGCUCAGCUUAAAGAUGCUGCAGUCUCCUAACAUGGCCAUCUACAUCAAAGACACAUGUCGCAACAUCUACUACAACCUGGAGGAUGUCAGAAACAUCACACCGCAAUCCUUUCUGAAGGCUUAUCAUAAGGAUCCAGCACAUGUGUUCAACCGUUAUGGCCGACCUACCACGACAGAGGGCAGGAUCUCCAAAGAGAUAUUAUACGGGAAUCACAGCCCAGUCCACACUUUGCACAGCCUGCAGGGCUCCAUGUCCCCACCUAUGGUGCGUUCCAUGCCCUCCUCCCCCUCCAGGAUGGCGUUUGGUGGAGGGGGCAUACGAGGUGGAGUGAAGGGCCCAGACAGUUCCACGUUACCACGGGAACGCCUGGUAGGGGCAGGGCGAUCCAGCACCCUGUGCACCAGCAGCAGUGCUAUCCUGGAGAGGAGAGAUGUAAAGCCUGAUGAGGACGUUGGCAGCAGCAAGAGCAUGGCCCUGGUGGUCCGUGCUGAAGGUGGACAUUACCAAGACUCCUACUGCUCAUCUCUACAGGAUGGAGGAGGAGGUCGCCUUAGCAUUGCGUCCUCCCAAUGCAGCGCUCCUCCCUCUCUCACUGCAGACAUGGUGGAUGGUGGGGUCUUAGGGAUCCCUGGAGGCCUGCAACAGUACCGUGCUUCCAUUAAACCCAUGUUGUGCUACGGAGAGACCAUGGAACACCAGACCCGCUCCCUGCACAGGCAGAAGAACAGGAAGUUUGGAGACAGCCAGCUUCCACCAUUGGGAACCAAAACCUCUUCCCCUUCCCCUCACAGAGCUGGUGAGGUCAGGAUGAUUGACGGACAGAUCGUUGGAGGGGUGGGCAUGGUGUCUCCAGAGAGGAUGUCGCCAAUUCAUCGACCUCUGCGGCGAGACAGUAACGGGGCCACAGUGGAAGUUUUAAACAGGAGCAGAGUGAGUGGCUCCUCCUCCUCCACCUCAUCAGUUUUUCUGGACAGUCCUCUGGGACAACCUGAGAGACUAGUUCAGGGUCAUGUGGUCACCGGCAAUACCCAGAGUGACAGAAUGAAAGCCAUGGAGGAGCAGAUAGCCAGUCUAGCGGGGCUGGUGCAUCAUGCUCUGUCCAUGGGACCAGAUGUUCCAGGAGUCAAGGAUACUGUCAGUGAAAAUGCUGAACGCAAACUUCUCAACGACAGACUUGGGAUGCCAUCUGAGCCUCACAACCCUGCCUCUUUGAUUGACAGCUUCAGUCCCACCCCUCUGGCUCUUCAGGCCCCUCCCUCUCACAGUGGCUUGCAGCAGCACUUAGUGUCUGUGAAGAGAAAUGUGUGUGAACUGCGACAGCAACUUAACCAACUUAGACAGUUACAGCUGUCAAACCAGGAGAGUGUGAAUUCAAUGGUGCGGAUGGCAGGCCAGGAGCUGGUGGUGCUGAUGUGUGACUGGCUGGUUCAAUCUGAGGAAGCAUCGUAUAGAAAGAGAGCUGAGAUGGAGGAGCAGAGGAUCCACUACCUAGCUACUGAGGAGAGAAUACUCAAACAGCUCAGUGAACUUGAGGUCUAUGUGGACCAUUUGCAAAGGAGCUCCACCUCCAUUCCCAGCCAGUCAAUCACUCUGGGAGAUGUGGAGGAGGGAGCAGUCAACCUGCGGAGGGUUGGAGAGGCUCUAGCUAAGCUUAAAGGUGUAUUUCCAGAGCUGCAGCUGAAGAUGCGCUCAGUGCUGAGGCUGGAGGUGGAGGCGGUGCGUUUUUUGAAGGAGGAGCCUCAUAAGAUGGACUCAAUGUUAAAGAGAGUCAAAGCCCUGACUGAAAUCCUCAGUUCACUCCGCAGGUGUGUGUCAGAGUCAACCUCUCCUGCCAGAUCAGCCAAGGUGGGGCCUGCAAAUGUUCAGGAAACAGACCAGGGACUUCCAAAGACCCAGAGCCCUCAGAGCUCCCCCAAACCUCAGCCUCGAUCUUCCAUCAGGUCCCCAAUGUCCACAUCCAUUGUCUCUGGGAGCCACACUGAGGUUGGCUUGUCAGGCUCAGUCUCCCCCAUCAUGGCCCACAGAAUGAAAAGCACAGCAGCCCCAGUGGCACAGCCUUCCCAUCACUACCCCAGUACCCCCCUGACACCCACCCAUGGACGAGAUUCACCCACUAUGACCAAGGUGAAUCCUCACAGCAGAGAGGGCAGCCCUGCCCUGCAGAGAAGAACAGCCUCUCCUCAGUCUGAUGGACUGGACCAACCUGUACCAACACAGCAGAGCCACAGCGAUAAAACUAUGAAUACAGAGAGACAAACUCCAGAGGGCUGUCAGAGUGAAACCAGCGAUAUGGUCCAGUCUAGCACCAGCCAAGUCAAUCAGAUAAGCACCUCUGAUUCUAGCCAGCCUCCACCCCCAAACACCAGCACUAACCCUGACCAUGUCCUCCAAGAGGCCCACGGCAGCCUUUUGAAGUCCAUACCUGAUCCAGAUGUAUCAGGUCCAGCAGAGAGCUAUUCUGAUUCUGCCUCAAGACAAUCAACUCUCACUACUUCGGAAUUGGAGCAGAACACACCUCUGGACACGACGCUGCAAGCAGAACCACAGGUACUUCUCUCUAAUACACAGGAAGACACAUCUCUCAAGCUGAGUGAUGAGGUGGACAGCCAGAUAAAACCCCCAGACUCAGCUCCAGCAGUAAUGUCACCGCUUCCGGCAGCCACUGUGGAACCUCUUCCGUCACCCGCUAGAUCAGCUGUUCGCUCAGCACCGGAGCCAGAGCGCAGCAGCCGGCCACAAAUGGAGAAACCCCGCCGUUCCUGUGUGGAGAAGGAGAUGAAGCAGAGUCCAGACAAGACCAGCAAGUCACCUCCUCCUCCUCCUCCACGGAGGUCUCAUGCUGUCAGUUCUGGUUUUACCACGGGAAGAUCUGGAGAGGUGAUCGCCAUGAAGACUAGAGACCAUGAGUCUGGAGUUCAGGAGAAGGGUGACCAAGAGAAAGAGCCACCUCAGCCCAAACCUCCAAGACAACCCCCAGAGGUCAAACCUAAACCCCAGAUGUGUGUCCCACCUGUAGCCAGUUCCACCUCCACCCCUCCUACAGCCCGAGCACACAGCGAGGAGGAGGAGGAGGAAGAGGAGGGGCACAACAAAUUCAUGAAAGAGCUGCAGGUGUUUCAGAAAUGCACUGUGAGGGAUGUAGGGAGCAGAGACAUGGCUAAACUCUCUGUCUCCGAGCUCCAAAGCAAAGAGAUGGAGCCUCAGGUGAUGACAGAUCUGUCAAAAAAGAAUCAUUCACCAGGUGGAAAUAAGCAACAGUCCAAAGGAAAUGCCGGGACAACCAAAACCUCACAAGUGGCCACUCAGAAAAUGUUAGCAACAUGUGAGCACCAGUCAGCACUUAAGUUCGCAGCAGUAGCUGGACUGAAAGAACACGGUAAAAGUGGGAAAAUCACUUUAAGUCUUGAUAAGAAGAAAGAAGUGACGGAGAAGAAAAUGGUUAGUAAAGUGCCUUCCAUAAAGCAUCCAACCACAAAGAAGGUGGUAGUGUCCCCACCUGUCAGUAUACGUGAUGUUCAGACUGUCCAGAAGAAUGAGGAGGUGUCUACAACAAGCCAAAAGAAAGCAGACAAAAUCGAAGUAUCUAGAGUUCCAGCUUCACGUACAGAAAAUGAUCUUACCUCAAACACCUCGAAACAGAUUAAUGCGGUGGUUGGACAGGUGUUCUCCCCAACAGCAGUGGAAAAGAAGGUCAGGUUUACAACAGUUGUUACUCUGCAAAAGGAAGACAUUCAGGGAACUGUCACAACUCCUAAACAGACAUAUGAAAAAGUUGUCAAAGAAGUACCAGCUGAGAAGAAGUCUAAUAUGACGGUAGUUGUGACUUUACAAAAAGAAAACACCCCAGAACAUACAGAGCCAUCACCAACAUUACAGCAAAUCAAGUCCCUGAAUUCAGAUCAGGAUUUAGAAACUUCUAUUCCUUUCCUAAAACCGUCCUCCCUUUCACCUGGUUCGACUAACAGCUUCAGCAACAAUGAGCAGAACCAAAAGACAGUGCAGAUAUCCAAAGACCAACCACUGUGUGCAGAAGAUGGAGGUACUCUGAGCCCCACCAACCUGGAUGAUGAGGGACCACCUCCUCCCCCGCCUCGGAUUGGUAAAUUCAGCCAUAUAAUCUCCAAGAGCAGAAACAACACCCAGUCCAAAGAAGAAGAUCUGGCCAAAAUGAAUGGUUCUUACAUACAGACUGUAGCCAGGGACAGUUCUGGUGACCCUUCUCAUGUGGGAUAUGAGAACCAUGGUUUUCUGGACAGUGAUGAUUCUGGAACAAAACCUAUUAUUGUUAUUUUGAAUGAGCCAAUGGACAUUCAGUCAGCCUACAAACGUCUGUCUACCAUCUUUGAAAGUGAGGAAGAUCUUGAUGGGAUUCUGUCUCCAGAGUGUAUUGUGGUUGAAGAGGAAACAAAGCAGGAGGAAGAGGAGAAAGGUGUGAGAAACAUUUCUGUGAUAGAAAUAAAUACAGGGUUAGGCCUUAAAGGCAUCUCAAAAAAUAAUCAGAAUUCUCCACAAAUGCAGCAUGAAAGAUCUUUCGCAAAUAAUGUCUCAGUUCCUGAAAACAAAGACCAGGGUAAACCAGACUCACUUAGAAAGGAAGGAAGCAAAAGAAAAUUCAAAUUCAGGUUCCCCAAAAACAAACUGGCUGCAAUUAGUCAGGCUAUUCGAACAGGGACAAACAAAACAGGGAAGAAGACUCUUGAAGUUGUUGUAUAUGAGGAAGAGGAGGAGAUGGUAUUGGACAGCAGGUCCAUCAAGGAGAACAAGAAGCAGACAGCAGAAUCCAAGAGCUUUGAGAUCAACAGGACCAAACAAUUCAACUUGGGCAAAGGCAAUAACUGUGACAGCGACAUCAAGGCCUCCUCUCCUGCUAAAACCAGACAGUCUGUUUCACAAACCCGGGUAGAGGAGCUCUGUAAGAAUGCAUUUGACUCUAUUAACAGCCUGGAAGAGUCCAUUAAACAGUUGGAAAUCAGUGUGGACAGUAUAAGUGCCCCCUCUUCCCCCUCAUCCACUGUGUCUUCACCUCAUCAGACUCCUAUUCCUUCCUUUGACUCCACUGACACACCUCAGUUUAAAGGCAAAGUCAAACCAGAAAGAGAGAGAAGCCCGUCCAAAAGGCCAGCCACACAGAUCCACAAGGGCCCAAGUUCGCCUCAGAGUAAGAGAGCCAAACCACAGCUUCCACGUGACCGAGGGAAAACCACAACCAAGAAACAGACGUCCAGCAGCAGCUCCAGCUCAUCUGCUCAGCGAUCUAACACCAAGUCUCGCCACUCAUCCUCCUCUGGCUCACCAGACAAGACACCUAAGAGCCAGCAGCAGGCCAUCCCGAAGCAGCCCAGCCAGCCACGUCUUGUCGCCAUCUCCCGCUAACGUCAGCUCGGCCCACCAUGGGCCUGGCAGCAGCAGCAGCAAGCGCCAGCAUCGCCUCGUCCUCACCACCACCACCCAACACAGCUCCUACUCUUCAUCUUCCUACUCUUCAUCCUCACCCUCCUCCUCCUCCGCCUCAUCCUCCCUGUCGCCUACCUCCUCCUCCUCUUCCCCUCCCUCCCCGUCUGCCUCCCUCCUACCCACCAUGGUGAGUCAUGGGGCCAGGAGUGUCCAGAUGUCAGCGUCCAACCCCGGCUCUCCAGUCCGUGGCAAGAAACGCACCGGAAGCCAAGCUGUCCGAGUGCUGCGCACUGUGGUGACAGCCUCAAAGGACGCAGAAUGAUGUCUGCUGUUUUCAUCCACUUAAUGAAUAUGUAAAUUCAGAGAGACGUGGGUGUGGUAUAUUCAGCUUUUGUGCAUGAGAGAAAACAAGUAAAACUGCACUGUGUUCCUACAGCAAUAUCGUGUGUUGUUUACCUUUCGAAAUAUCUGGAUUGGUUGUGAAGGGAUUGUAAGGUUAAGUCUGGUAUCCUUUGAAGUUAAAACUACACUAAUGCCAGGAACCCAACCAGUUUAUCCAUUAGGCUGGUGCUAAUUAUAUCACAAAAAUGACUCAAAAAAUCUGUGAUCCUGAGACAUAAUUUAUUGUCCCAAGAGUUUAAGUUAUGUUCUGUAAAAUCUUCCACAUAUUUUAGCCACUGCUCUGGUUAAUGGCGGUCGAGCUAAGCUAAUAGGAAAGCAUCCAAGGUGCUCUGAGUUAUGACGCACAUUGAAAAAAAAUUGUAGUAUUUCAAGGCUGACACCAAAGCCCCUCAGCUGGAAGCAGUCAGCAGGAUGUUAGAAUAAAAUACAAAUGGAAACAUUUUAGCUCCAUCCACGCCAAUACAUUUGAUAUUUUAAAACAGUGUUAUAAAGUGAUAAUGGUACACUAGUGUUCAAAAGUUUGGUGUCACCUAGUAAUGUACUUAUUUUUCAAAGAAAACUGUUUUUUUCAAUGAAGAAUACAUUAAAUGAAUCAGAAAUCCAGUCUAGACAUUGUUAAUGAGCUAAAUGACUAUUCUAGCUGGAGACGGCUGAUCUUUAAUGGAAUAUUUACAUAGGGGUACAGAGGAACAUUUCACCAUCACUCCUGUGUUCUGAUGCUACAUUGUGUUAGCUAGUGGUGUUGAAAGGCUAAUUGAUGGUUAGAAUGCCAUCAGGAUUUAGUUGGGCAUGCUUUUAGUUUUGAUUGGUACACACAUCACCACGCCCAUAUGAUGCAGUAGAAGAGCUGGUUUUGGAUACUUGGCAUUUGAGAUCUAGUAUGCAUGGCUUCAUUUAACAAUGUUGAAUAUAUUUCUAUUUAAAAAACAGAGUUCUACAAAAAAGUUAUUAUUUUCAGUAUGAAGGGUUUAUCCAAAGACAAUCCCAUACAGACUGCACACUGUCUAAAGAAUUUGUUCUGUACAUCUGUCAAAGUAGAGUUUUUUUAUGUACUUAACGUAUAGUAUAGAAAUAAUGUAUUAGACAUGUAGUUUCUUUCUGUUAACAUACUGCACUGUGCAAAUAUUUUAGGCACUCGGAAUGAAGUGAGGAUGCUUUUAGAAGUGAACGCAUUAUUAGUUUGUAUUUAUCCAUUAUACAAAGUGCAGUAAACAAAGGACGGAUACAAAUCUAAUCACGUAAAGAGCCUAAAAUGUUUGAAUAGUGCAGAAGUUGUUGGUUAUUGUGCUUACUGUCAUUUGUAGUGACGUGACUCUUGCCAAAGAGGAAGAAACUGGAGUUUUAUGUUAUGUUUCUUCACACUGCCAAGAUAGUUGAUGGUCACAGACACCUUGUGAUGGUCUAUAAGGCCAAAGCUAUCAAGGAUAAAGGAAUACUAUAUCAUUAUGAGAAAAAGACUGAGACAGAUGAGAGGAUGGGUAACAGUACUCAGUCCAGUGAUUCAACAUUGAAUGACCUUAAAGAAAUUAGAUUACUUCUAAAUUGAACAGCAGGGCAUUUACACUUAUGUAAAAUAAACAGUUUAAAUUGAUUAUAGUAAAUAGUUCAAGCUCCACAUUAGGAACUCAGUGCAACAAAAAUCAGUAAAUAUUUCAUUACUGAGGUUCAAAUUGGUUAUUUUUUUUAUAACUCUGUAUUUUGACCACCAUUUUUGAUGACUCAGCACAAGAAUCAAAUUUCAGUAGAGAAGUUCUGCUAUUCUUGAGAUGAUUUGUUCAGCUGCUCUUUGCUGGAGGGGAAGUAAUGCUUUACCUUUCUCUUUACAAUACCUCAAAGAUAUUCAGCUGGAUUCAACCCAGGUAUCCUACUUGUCUGGGUCAUAGAUUUUCUUUGUAAACUACAAUGCUUUGAAUAGCCUCAUGCUGGAAUAUUUCUCUUUGUUCUAGUGUCCACAGGUCAUGUUCAUGCAAUUAGGCCAAGUGGAAAUCACAGGAGUCUUUUCAGUGAUGAUCAACGAUCUAAGUGUAUUCACCUUUGUUACAUUGAAGUCUUAUAAAAGUAUCUAUUUUUGAUUGUUUGUGAGAGCAAAUUCCACACUGUUCAACUUAGAAAUAAUGUAAGUAAUGUAAGGUGAUACCAUUUUUACAUUUGCACUACCAUUCAAAAGUUUGGAGUCUCUUAGAAAUGUCCUUAUUUUGCAAGAAAAGCAUUUAUUUCAAAGAAGAAGACAUUAAAUGAAUCAGAAAUGCAGUAUAGACAUUGUUAAUGUGGUAAAUGACUAUUCUAGCUGGAAACAGCAGGUUUUUAAUGGAAUAUCUACAUAGGGGUACAGAGGAACAUUUCCAGCAACCAUCACUCCUGUGAUGGCUGCUGUUAGUGUCAGUUUAUAAGGGCAAGAUUGAAGGUCGUAUUGUUUGCCAAUACCUGGUUGCCAAUGCUGUUUGCCCUUUGGAAUAACUAUCUCAAUUUUUAUCUUUAACAGCAGUAAUCGUCUCUCUCUUUUUUUUAAAUAAACAUGAUGAUCAAACUUUUUUUUUAACCAAAAUAAAUCUGCAGAAAGAUCACUGACAAAAUAUGUAAUUUGUUUUACAAUAUUCAAUCUUAAAAUGCACCCUCCAUUUGUAGCAACAGCACUAUGAAGGAUAGUUCUGUGGAAACCGAGGUUCUUUGAUGUCAAGCUCUUACCUCCACCCUGAACUCCUCCCGGUGUUGUUAUCCAGACUGAAAUCAGGUUCAUCAUCAAUUUUUACCAAAUUCAUCAUGUCAAAAGUUCUUUUUUCUAUAAUUUGUACAAACACACCACCUUCAUGGAUCAAGACUGCACUUGCAAAUUACAGUAAGAUUAAGGUUCUUGUUCACUGCAGUUUUUGACAGGCAACUUUACAAACAUAUUUUGGCUCCACAAUUUGUUGAGAUAUGGCAAAUAGGAAGGCAAAAGCUGCCUCAAUUCAUUUUGUGAAGUCUGCAAGGAGCUACUGGACCACAGAGACACAAACUGCUCAACUGAGUGAUACAUCUUCUCAUCUGACUCUGGAUACGACUUUGUAAAAUUAAAUCUCAUAAGAUGUCUCAUAGUUUGUUUUGUUUUUUCCUGUAAGACAGCAAGAUGAGCUCAAAAACGACCGAAAAGUGUUUGGUUUGAUUUUUAAUAAACACUGUGUGGACCUUUUACUGUGAUCUGUGUAUACAAAAAAAAAUAUUCUGAAUGUUUAGAAUUCAAACCUAAAUGCACAGUUAAAAUGUUAAACUAAGCCUUCACUUUUAUGCAAAUUGUUUAUUUCCUUUGUUGUUUUUAUGCCAAAGUCUGAACCUGUGCAUGCCUUUCACAGUUUCUCUGUCACUUUCAAAACUUAACUCUCCUGUACAUAAUAAUAAUGAUAUGUUCUCUGAUUUUGUAAUCUGUUGGCUCUCAUAGACUCCAGCCUCCUGCGAGGUUGGAGAGCUAAUAAAGGGCUUCCACAGUGUUGAAACAUC